CUCUAUCUUAAUCAGGCACCUCAAACAGGCAAUUGACACAGUGAUAUUUAACUGGGUUCAGAAUGCGAACAUCUCCGAAUGUGAUAGUAACAGGCACGCCUGGCGUAGGAAAAACUGUUCACUGUGAACAAUUGGCCCAGGAGACUGGGCUACGGCAUCUUUCAAUUAAUCAGGUCGCGAAAGAUCGGGGCUGCUAUGAGACCUAUGACCAUGAGCUUCAAACCUGGGUCGUGGAUGAAGACAAACUCCUAGACGCUAUUGAGGAUGAGGUAAUCCAGGGCGGCUAUCUAAUUGAUUGGCAUGCGUGCGAUUUAUUCCCAAGGUCUUGGAUUGAUCUGGUGGUGGUUUUGCGCUGUUCGUCGACAUCUGUGUUAUAUGACCGUCUCGCAACAAGGGGCUAUAACCAGACAAAACUGCAGGAAAACUUGGAUGCGGAGAUAUUUGGUGUCCUUCUCGAAGAAGCUCGGGAAGCUUUUGACGAGGAAGUCGUGGUUGAAUUGGAUAGUGAAAAGGACGGUGAUGUAGAGUCUAACUGCGCAAGGAUUUCUAGCUGGGUGGCGUCUUGGAAAGAGAGCCGGGCAGAUGAUACGGACUGAUGCACAUGGGAAAGCCGAAAAUCCACACCGUCUUUCAACAGGGACUCGGACGAGUAAAAUCAAUGGCCUCCAUCGGUCAACCAAUCCUGCAACUUGAUCAGAGCUUUAUAUCUAUGUGAAAUAACAUUCU